UGACAUUGUUGUUUCUGGUUAUAUUUUGUUUUUGUAGUUCAACAAGAUUUUAAGAUUCUCUUCCUUGUCGAACUCUAUCAUUGUGAGAUACCCAAUCCUAAUCCCAUUCCACUUUUCCUAGCGUCAAUACAUUAAUUGUUCUAUGUAUUUUUGUAAUACUUCAUAUUCGUUGUUCAGUUGGACGAGUUUCAUAGUUUUAUUACUUUAUUUAUUUAUAGUAAUAUACACUAUGCCAUUCGGCUUAAAGAAACAAUUUUUGAUAAAUAUAAUACCGGAUGAAACAAGUUGGGAUGUGUACAAGUUGAUCAGUACUGAGGACACUCUAAACCUAAAGAUAACCAUUCAAAGUGGUAGAGGACUUGAUAGUAUUACCAAGCUGUCCAGCAAAUACACCAUCAAUAAUGCAGUAUACUUUCAGAUGAGGAUGGAUACCGGCCUUUCCUCUAGUUGUCCUUCUAUUGUUACACCUGAGUCUACAAAUUACUGUAGCUACGACACAUAUUCAUUAUUUUGCAGCUUUGAGAACAUUGAAGGCAGUGAAAAGACCUAUAUGGCUGAUGUGUCAAUAAAGUCAUUUGUACUGAAUACUAAAAAAACAUUUUAUAUACACGAUAAAAUAUGGAGAUUACUUGUUAAACCCACCACAUCAAAUUUUACUACCUUGUUUGAUAUAACUGUCACCUUGAGUUUAAUGGAUCAAAUUAUAAGACCAUUUGCUCCGCUCUAUAAAGACUCAAAAUCUACUAAUUUAAGACUUAUUGGCAAAGACGGGACUGUUGAAGUGCACUCUAUGAUUUUAAUUGCAUAUAGUUCAGUCUUCAACAAGAAAAUAUGUAAAAAAGCUGAGGAAUCAUCUCGUCUUUAUGAGCUAGCCCUGCCGCAUGUAAAACAAUCAACUUUACAGCAUUUAAAAGAUUACAUUUACUUGAACAAUAUACCAGAGUCCCCACUGUCAAGUUUAACAGACCUCAUAGUCUUUGCUUCUGAGUAUAAUAUGAAAGAAUUGGGUCAGAUGUGCACUCAGAAGUUGGCUACAAUUGCAGCUGCUGAAAAUUUUUGUGACUUGACAUAUUUUGCGCUGAACAAUGGUAUGACAGAGACCUUUCUUGACAUUUUAGAACUAAUUGAAUGUGGCAAAAUCAAAACUGAAGAUAUUAAGCAAUGUAUUCGUACGGAGAAUUCAACUGGCACAUAAAAUGUAAACAAAACAUUCUCUAAACUAUGUAAAAUAAACUUAAUUAUUUUGUAAGAUUAAAUAAGCUUUGA